UUUAUUGUUUCCCCUAUUCUGGGACAGGCCCAACGCCUGUGGCCGCAGCCCGACCUCUUUCCCAAGCACCACCGUCCGUCAAUCGCCGAACCCAUACAGAUCCUCGCUUCCAUGGGCGAAGAAACCCUCUCCCAUACCCUCCACUUCGCCCCUUCUUCCUCCUCCCCCGCUGGCACCGCCGCAUCGUCUACUGACAACUCCGCGGCUGCUGCCACCGCCACAACCACCGCUUCCAAGAUCCCUUUCCGCCCUCGAAAGAUCCGGAAGCUCUCUUCUUCUGCCGCUUCGGCCGCCGACGACGCGCCCGGUAAGAACCCCGCCGCUGGCAACCGCCUCGCUGUCCGCGUGAUUCCCCGCCCUCUCUCGGCAGAUGGCGAGAUCGCCUCCGCGCUUCGCCAUCUCCGCGCUACCGAUCCCAUCCUAGCACGCGUCAUCGAUGCCCACGAUUCCCCGACGUUCCAGUGCCUCCUCACACCCUUCCAUUCCCUCGCCCGAAGCAUCCUCUACCAGCAGCUCGCCAUCAAAGCCGCGGCCUCCAUCUAUGCCCGAUUCCUCGCCCUCUGCGGCGGGGAGGCCGGCGUCGUCCCCGACGUCGUCCUCUCCCUCACCCCGCAUCAGCUCCGCCAGAUCGGCGUCUCCGAACGCAAGGCCUCCUACCUCCAUGAUCUCGCGCGCAAAUACCAUGGCGGCAUACUCUCCGACGCAACAAUCGUCGCCAUGGACGACAAGUCCCUGUUCUCCAUGCUGACAAUGGUCAAGGGCAUCGGCGCCUGGUCCGUCCACAUGUUCAUGAUGUUCUGCUUGCACCGCCCCGACGUCCUCCCCGUUGGAGAUCUCGGUGUUCGCAAGGGCGUGCAGAUGCUCUACGGCCUCGAUGACGUCCCACGGCCCUCGCAAAUGGAUCAACUUUGCGAGCGGUGGAAGCCGUAUAGAUCUGUCGGCUCCUGGUACAUGUGGCGCCUGGUUGAGGCCAAGAGCAACCCCAACUUGGCAUCCUCCUCCGCCGGAACUCUGAACAUUGGUUCAGUAGGAGUGGGAGAUGCGCAGCAGCAGCAGCAGCAACAACAACAACAACAGCAGCUGAUCGACUCAUUUCAGAUGCUUCCACAAUCUUGGGUGAAGUCCAUCUCGCCUACUGGUCUACUUAAUGGUAUACCAUGACAACGAUUGCUCCGCAGAGGGAACUUUGGACACCGCUUAUCCAAUAUCUUGCAUUUGGCCACCAGGUUUCAUAAUUUGGAAGAUGAUUUGUAAAUUACUUAGAUUCCAAAACAGCGGAAGAAAGCUGCAUUUGAAAAUGAAAAAAAUGUUUCUAGGUUUUUAUUUGGAGGAUAGAAGAGAAACUCCAUUGGGACAAAUUCUGAAGUUUCAAUUUGAAACUGCUUACUCAAAUAUAGAGGUAAAUUAUCCUGAA